AUCCCCGUGCUGAGGACGUCCUCCUUGAAGUGCCGAUUGAACCUGGUCCGAACCCGACGAUCCCCGAAAUCGUCGACGGUGUUCGAACCACUUCGGAUCUACCUGCACUAUGACGAAUCGGUGCUGAAUUUGCCCACAGAAAAACAGCUGUUUGUAAAUAGUUCGCUUUUGCCCGAGGCUGCCGGCUACUGGGAGGACGUGCUUCGUGUGGCACGCACUGAAGCGCCAAUACGCCUUCGCCGAAAAUGCACUUCAUCGUUUUAUUACUACCGUAAUGAAAAGAAAACCGUGGCUUGUGAUCGAGGUUGUCGAGCGGAGACAAAUUGCGGUGAAACCAUCAUACCUGCGGAACAUUUGCUGCAAUGCUCGUACUGCCUGACUUCGGAUGAUUGUUAUACAUCGGGCGAACAAGGAGAGGGUGUGAAAGACGCCGAUUUCAUACUGUACGUGACAGCGAUCUCUACCAAGCGCUGUGACAGCGUAGAUACGCUCGCCUAUGCGGCUCAUUGUCAGCAAGAAGCGCUGCUCGAUAGGCCGGUAGCGGGCUAUGUGAAUCUGUGCCCUUCGGCUCUGUCGCACUACACUCGUUCGUCACGAUCGGAGAUUCUCUUCUCCACGGUAAAACACGAGAUUCUACACGCGCUCGGUUUCAGCGUCGGCCUUUACGCCUUCUUUCGCGACGAAAACGGAAAACCACGUACAAAAAGGAAUCGUUAUGGUAAGCCGAUCUCAUUCAAUAAAGAGUUUGGAUACUACGACUGGGAUCGCAAUACUAUUACGACGGUGCUACGAGACGAUUGGUGGACAGGCGAGGGCAAGGUCAUACAUCCGGUGCAUAUGAUGGUCACACCACGGGUAGUCGACGAAGUUCGUCGGCAUUUCGCUUGUGACAGCCUCGAGGGUGCAGAGCUCGAGAAUCAGGGCGGAGACGGUACGGCACUCACUCAUUGGGAGAAACGGGUAUUUGAGAAUGAGGCCAUGACGGGAACGCACACACAGAAUCCAGUGUAUUCACGUAUGACGCUGGCGCUUCUGGAAGAUAGCGGGUGGUACAAACCAAAUUAUGAAAAAGCUGAAGAACUGCACUGGGGACGGAA